AUGUCAUCUCCUCACCUUAGCGGAGUUGCCGCGCUCUUAAAGGCCGCACAUCCUAUGUGGUCGUCGGCAGCUAUCAUGUCGGCGAUCAUCACCACAGCAGACGCCAACGUCUCUGAUGAGUUUCUUGAACCGGCGCUCUAUUUCGCCAAGGGCGCAGGACACGUCAACCCUAACAAAGCUGCCGAUCCUGGUCUUAUUUACAAUAUCACCAACAAUGACUAUGUCUCCUACAUUUGUGGCAAAUUCGGCGAAGGCGCUAGAAAUAUAGCUCGCGGAGUCGUGGACUGCUCGAACAGCAUGACCGAAGAGGAGCUCAACUACCCGUCAAUUCUGCUGACCCCCAAAUGUGGGACGGCUGCCAAAGUUACCCGGACGGUCACGAACGUCGGACCAGCAAGAUCGAGCUACAAGGGGUCAGUGACCAUAUCGAAGACUUUCGUGUCAGCUACUGUCACCCCCAAGACGCUAACGUUUACCGAGCUAAACGAGCAGAAGUCAUUCACCGUGAGUGCAGAAUGGGGCAUCGACAGAGCUCCCACUUCUGGCAAUCAAUUCGUGGAGGGAAAGUUGACUUGGACCUCCAAUGAUGGUAAGCAUGUGGUGACCAGUCCAUUUGUUGUCCCCUCCCUGGAGUACUGA